AUGCCAAGAGAAAUAAUUACUCUACAAGUAGGGCAAUGUGGUAAUCAAAUUGGAUCAGAAUUUUGGAAACAAUUAUGUAAAGAACAUGGUAUUAAUGCAGCAGGAUAUUUAGAAGAAUUUGCAAAACCAGGUAUUGAUAGAAAAGAUGUAUUUUUUUAUCAAUCAGAUGAUGAUCAUUAUGUACCAAGAGCAUUAUUAUUAGAUUUAGAACCAAGAGUAAUCGAUUCAAUUAAAACAUCUGAAUAUUCAGGUUUAUACAAUCAAGAGAAUAUAUUCGUAGCUGAGAAAGGUACAGGUGCAGGUAAUAAUUGGGCGAAUGGUUAUAAACAAGGUGAAUCGUUUUAUGAUGAUAUAUUCGAUAUGAUAGAUAGAGAGGCUGAUGGCAGUGAAAGUUUAGAGGGUUUCUUAUUGACCCAUUCAAUUAGUGGUGGCACUGGUAGUGGCAUGGGGUCGUACAUAUUGGAGAGGCUAAAUGACAGAUUCCCCAAGAAAAUCAUUCAAACCUAUUCAGUGUUUCCCGACGACAGUAGCGUGGUGGUUCAGCAGUAUAAUAGUGUACUAACAUUGAAAAGACUCAUAGAGAAUGCAGAUUCGACCGUUGUGCUCGACAAUAACGCAUUGCACCGUAUAGUGGGUGAGAAUCUACGUAUCGAUCAGCCUACUAUGGACCAAACCAAUUCACUAGUAUCGACAGUGAUGAGUGCUUCAACCACCACAUUACGUUAUCCAGGCUAUAUGAAUAAUGAUUUGGUGGGUAUGUUGGCAUCACUAAUACCAACCCCAAAAUGUCAUUUCCUAAUCACUGGUUAUACACCACUUUCAAUCGAUCGUCAAACUGAAUCUGUACGUAAAACUUCAGUAUUGGAUGUCAUGCGUCGUCUAUUACAACCUCAAAAUAUUAUGGUUAGUGCUCCAACUAAAACUGGUAAAUAUAUUAGUAUACUUAAUAUCAUUCAAGGUGAUGUAGAUCCAACUCAAAUUCAUAAUAGUCUUCAAAGAAUUCGUGAGAAAAGAAUGGCAACUUUUAUUGAUUGGGGUCCUGCAAGUAUUCAAAUUGCACUCUCUAAAAAAUCACCAUAUAUAAAAUCUUCUCAUAAAGUUUCUGGUUUAAUGUUAGCAAAUCAUACAAGUGUUAAUCAUUUAUUUUCACAUAUAAUUCAACAAUAUGAUAAAGUUAGAAAGAAACAAGCUUUUUUAGCAAAUUAUACAAGAGAAUCUGGUGAAAUUUUACAAGAAUUUGAUAUUGCAAGAGAGAUGUUGGAUGAUUUAGUACAAGAAUAUAAAGCUGCUGAACAAUCUGAUUAUAUAAAUUAUCAUAUGAAUAAAGAAUUUAAUAAUAAUAAUAAUAAUAAUAAUGGUAAUCCUCAAUAUCAAUAUGGAACUGUUUGA